AUGCCAUUUCUCGAAAGCAUUCCUCUGAAGAGAGACGAUUGCACCGCGUCUCCCUCCUCCAACGAGCACACUGCAAUUGAUCUUGAUUAUUACAGUACAAUUGAAGAGCUUAUAGAAGUGGAUCCUGAAAGGUUAAAGGAGGCACUGGCUGCACUAGGACUUAAAACUGGCGGCACUGUUCAGCAACGUGCAGAGAGGCUCUUCCUCACCAAGCAUACACCUCUUGAAAAGUUGGACAAGAGGCAUUUUAUCAAGAGGGCACGGGGUUUAGAAAAUAAUGGGGUGGCUGCUGCUCCGCAAGAAGGAAAUUUAAAACAAGAAAAUUUGAAAGAAGUUGCAUAA